CCCCCCCCCCCCCACAACAACACCCCCCCCCCCCCCCCCCCCCCCCCCCCGCGCCCCCCCCCCCCCCCCACCCCCCCCCCCCCCCCCCCAACUCUUUAGCUACUGUCAGUCAAAAGUUAUUUAAAAAUGGUUUCUGUACACAGUAAUAAAUCACUUAGAAAUCUAAUAUACCUAAAAAUGGGUAAAAAUAACUGUUAAUUAGUAACUUUUGGCAAAGCAAAUAUAGGAUUUUGUAGCGCUCGAAAAUCUCUGUCAAAUGAUAAAUUCCUUUACCACCACCAAGAAAAUCUAAUCAAAGAUUAAUUAGAAUUUAAACUUAAUUAAUUAAUAACGCUGUCAAUACUUGACGAAAUUUAGUUUUAUUCCAUAGGCAUACCAUUGAGGAUGUUCUCUACAAACUAGCUGUAGAGUUUGAGGAUAUGCUUAAAGAGAGGACAUCCUCCCUCUGAAGCAGAACAAAGAACUGGCACACAUAACUGGACACACUUAAGAAAAUAUACAGUUUUUUGGUACCGUAUUUUUGAGAUACACAUGUACCGGCACACGUUAUUUUUUACAGUGCGUCAUUGUAUUAUUCUAACAGAAUUUCUUUCUGGAAUAAUACGUCUUAAUAGUCAAUACUUCAAAAAAUAUGAUAUAUACGUUAAUGCAACGAGAGUUAUUAUUUUUCCAAAAGUAACUUUAUUAUUUUAUACUAAACUUCAAACUAGAUAGUAUUUUUUUAGGAUCAUUAUCAAAAAUUUUUGGAUGGUGAAGAAGACAUAUUGUAUAUCAAGAAAGAGGAUGAUCCAUUUUGGGAACCUGUCGAGGAUCUUCUGCUUGGAACAGCUAAUGUAUUUCUACAAAGUUUAGCAUAUUCACUUGAUUUUGAUGAUGAAAUAUGUAUUGUGGAUUAUAAAGGAUUAGAACAAGGUCGUUUGGGAAUUACUCUAUCACCAUGUGCACCGAAUGGUAAAGCUAUAAAGGAAGAACAAUUUGUUGAUCAACCAGAAGAAUUACUGGGUAAACCAUACAGUUUUAAAUUAGCCAUGCGUCAUAUUGAAAUCAAUGAUGAAAGAUAUAACAAAGGUAUGAGAAUACGUUAUAAAGUAUUCAAUGAACCAGAAUUCGCAGAAACAGGCAUAUUUGGAAAACAGAGUGUAUGUGCAAAUGUUAAACAAUCGAGAAUAAUCACAAUUCCAAGCGUCGACUAUGACUGGCUAAGUUUUUUUGAAAAUGGAUGUAUUAUAUUUCAAAUUUAUGUCACUCAAGAGGAAGCAAAACCCGACCAUCGUCUAUUUAAAAUGUCAACGAGAGAAUUAAAACUAAUGGAACAGAAACAAGAAGAAUCGAAUGUGUUAGUACAAACAAAUACCAUGUUACCCGGUGAUCCAAAAUUAAAAUCAGAAUUAACUUUGUUACAGCGUAAAUACAACCGAUUAGAGCAAAAAGAAAAACGUAUUCAGACUCUUUGUCGAGAUUGGGAGAACAAGCCAUUAAGUGAACAUGAAUAUCAAAAAUUUUAUAAAUUAAUGUCAGCCGUUGCCUUCAGUUCGGGUACAAAACUCAAAACAAAAGCGACAAUAAUUGGAAAAAACAAAAAGAACGGUGAUGUUGAGAUAUAUUUAUUUGGUUCAGAUGAGCAAGAAUAUCUAAACGAUAUUGAGCAUCAAAAUACUGAUAAACAGAAAUAUUGGGAAGAAUAUUAUCGUAAAACAGCAUUGAAACAACGUCGAUCAUCUCUUGCAUUUCGAAAUACAUUAAAAAGUCCACCAUUAAUACCGAUUAUGUCCUCAGUACCAAAUGGACAAUCAUCACAACAAAAUGGAAAUAUAUUAUUGAUUGGUGACAAUCCAUAUAUAGACAAUAGUCAUUUAUCAUUAAGAGAAACUAAAUCACUUCAAGAACAACAACAACAAAAUGGAAAAAAGGUGCCAAAGCGGGAUUCAAACUUCAAUUUAAGAACGAAAACAACAUUACCAAAUGAAAAGAAUUCAUCAUUAUGUUUGAUCCAAUAA